AUGCCGAUGUACUCGAAUCGCGCUAAACUUAUGGACGAUGAUUGUUCCUUACUUCUUUGGUAUAAAUCACGUGUUCAAUUAAACCAAUACGAUGAAAAACAAAAUCCACAGGGUAUUUGUAACUUGGGUGUUGCGGAAAAUCAUCUCUGCGAGGAAGAAUUAAUUGCAAAAAUGAGAUCAGUAUCUUCGUGGUCAGGUCAAUUCAAUUACUAUCCAGAUUCGUCAGGUGAAUUUCCAUUCCGUCAACGACUCUGCGCAUUUUUUAGCGAAACAUUCUGUUCAAUGCAAACAACACUUGAUCCCGCUCGUAUGCUUAUCUCCAGUGGUGUCAGUGGUACUAUUGCUUUGCUUUCCGUACUUAUCGCUGAUGCUGGUGAUGUUUUUCUCAUUGCCUCCCCUUAUUACACUGCAUUCGACUUUGACGUUGCUGCUAUGGCACGAAAUUCAUUGAUUAAAUGUCCAUUGUUGAAUCAAGACAUCGGCGAAUUCAGCUUAUCGGUGGAAAUCUUCAAGCAAGGUUAUGAGAGCGCUGUAGCACAAAAUCUUCGACCACGUGCCAUUGUUCUAGUUAACCCACACAAUCCUUUGGGUGAUAUCUACGAUGAAGCGGUUAUGCAACCAAUUCUUGAGUUUGCCGCUGAGAAACGGCUCCACGUCAUUGUGGAUGAAAUCUAUGCAUUGAGUGUUUUCCAGAAUCAAAGACCAUUCAAGUCUAUCUUAAACUAUACAUCGAUACCAGAUCCAGAAAGAACUCAUUUUCUUUGGUCGUUUAGUAAAGAUUUCGCUUUAAGCGGCACGCGCGUUGGUGUUCUCUAUGCAGGAACGAAAGACAUAUGCCGUGUCGGUACUAAGCUUAACUUUCUUAUGGUACCAUCGAGUGCAAUUCAAAUGACACUGAAAUUAAUACUUGACGACCGUGAAUGGACAAAUGCAUACUUGAAACUGAACCAAUGCAGAUUAACCGAACAGUAUCAAUAUGCAAAAAAUCAAAUUGAACAGAUGGAUAAACGAAUUCGUAUUCGCGACGCUCAAGCUGGCCUUUUCCUUUGGAUUGACUUUCGAUCAAUUCUUACGAAAGUCACAUUCGAAGAAGAACAUAAAUUAUUCGACGAAUUCUUUAAUCAUGGCAUCUACAUAACCAACGGUUUAACCAUUGGCUGUUCUGAACCGGGCUGGUUUCGAAUGGUUUUUACAGUAAAAAAUAAAUGGAUUCAAGAAGGCAUCGAACGUAUGAAACAAGCUUUGAAUACUUAUAAAUUAUCUUCUUCGUAA